AAGUAUUAUUGUUCAAUAUUCAAAUUACUAUAUAGUCUUUUAAAUACAUCACAACUAUCUUUUAUUUCGUUCUGUUUUUAAUUCAUCGGUGUUAUUAUCAUCAAAACUUAAUCCAUCAUAGCAAUUAACUCAACCAAGACGAAAGUUUAUAUACUUCUUAUCACAAUUUAUGAUCACUUCGUUCUUCUCUUUAAUUUCCUAAUGUUGAAACCAUAAUAAAUUUUGAUAUGCCAAAUUUCUAAUGGAUGAUGAUGUUGUUUAAAGUUAUUUAAUAUACACAUUUUUGUUCCAGUGAUGUAAAAAUGAUCAGUGAUGUGAUUUUGGUUUAUGUUAAUCCUGCUGAUUGAUUAUUGAUUAUUUUUUUUUAAAGAUAGGUUUUUGUUUCCUAAUUUUUUUUCUUCACAUAUUAGUUGAUUUAUUAAUUAAGCUGAUAUGAGACGUGAAGAGAGUGGAGGUAACAGUUGGCUAAGGAUUGACAUGUUCUAUUGCCUAUACUGAUAUUCAGGCAAUGUGUGAGAGAAGAUACAACUUUGGAAGGUUAAGUUAUAAUUGGCACAAAACAAAUAAGAGGGAUUAUUAUUGUAGGAGUAGAAGUUCUGUUAUGGAAUUUGAAUCAAAUUUGACAAAGCAUAGAAAGUCAUCAGCAACAUCUUGUAUGCCUUGGUCUUGUAGAAUUCCAAUUGGUGAAUGAUAUCAUGAAUUUCUUUAAUUGGUUGAUGCUCAAUUUCAUAUUGUUUUGGUUUGAUUGAUUGGUCACAAUUUCAUAUUGUUUUGUUCAUGAUAUAUAAAGAUUGUGUGUAAUUGGUGAUUUGAAAAAAUGCCUGGUUUUGUUGCUGGCAAGAAAAGAUUUUCAGAGACAAAAUUUUCCAAUUUGGUUAAUGAAGAUAAGUCAACUCUUUUGAAAGACCAUCAUAAGGUUGUAGAUGAUAGCCCUAUUCUUCCUGGGCUACUUGAUGAUGUUUCAAAGUAUUGUCUUGCGCUGGUGCCUCGUUCGGACUCACCAGCUAUGGGUAGUGUCUGUAAGAGAUGGAGGCAAUUUAUUCAAGGUGAAGAAUUCAUAACGGUACGAAAAUUGGCUAGGCAGGUUGAGGAAUGGCUGUAUAUCUUAAUAGCAGAUAGUAAAGGAAAAGGAAGUCAUUGGGAAGUUAUGGAUUGUUUUGGUCAUAAUCGUCGAUCGCUUCCACUAAUGCCUGGUCCUGUGAAGGCUGAGUUUGGUGUUGUUGUUCUUAAUGGAAAACUUCUUGUUAUGGGUGGAUAUUCAUCAAUUGAUGGAACUGCUUCUGUCUCACCAGAUGUUUACCAAUAUAAUUCUUGCCUCAACAGCUGGAGCAGAUUGUCAAACAUGAACGUGUCUCGGUACGACUUUGCUUGUGCAGAAGUCAAUGGCUUGGUUUAUGCAGUUGGAGGAUAUGGAGAAGCAGGCGACAGUCUCUCCAGCGCCGAGGUGUAUGAUCCGGAUACUAAUAAGUGGACGCUGAUUGAGAGCAUUCGUCGCCCCAGAUGGGGUUGCUUUGCCUGUGGAUUUGAGGGGAAACUCUAUGUAAUGGGUGGAAGGUCAAGCUUUACAAUUGGAAAUUCUAAGUUUGUUGAUGUUUACAACCCUGAAAAGCAUAAAUGGUGUGAGAUGAAAAAUGGGUGUGUCAUGGUUACUGCUCAUGCAGUACUGGAAAAUAAGUUGUUCUGUAUGGAGUGGAAGAAUCAACGGAAGUUAUCCAUAUUUGAUCCACAGAAUAAUUCAUGGAAAAUGGUACCAGUACCUUUGACAGGUAGUUCAAGUGUUGGUUUUAGAUUUGGGAUAUUGAAUGGUAAGCUUUUGCUGUUUUCAAUGAAGGAAGAUCCUACAUAUAGGACUUUGUUGUAUGAUCCGAAUGCUGCGGUGGGGUCGGAGUGGGAGACUAUUGAUAUAAGACCAUCUGGUUUAUGUUUGUGCAGUGUAACAACCAAGGCUUGAAAGGGUUUCAAUGCCUUUGAACUUGAGACCUUGAUAGAUUUGGCAAUGGAGCUAGUGUUCUAUGUUGUUUUAUUAGUACUUGUGAUGAUUGUAUUGCUAAAGGUUUUGGAAAAAAAGUUGUAACCACAAUUUUGGUUGCAACAUUAUUUUAUGUCUGUGAUUGAGUUCACAGUACUUAUAUUUGAUUGUGAAUUAAAGUAAUUUGACUGUGAGUUAAAAUAUUGAAAAUGAUGAGUGUGUCUUUGGAUUAUGUAUAUAUCAUAUAUUUUAAUUGAGAGCUUCUACUUGUUAUCGUUUUUUUAA